UCACACUCACGCAGCAUCCUUCCCUCACCUCUUCUACCUUCACACUCACCUCCUCGAGCCUCCGUCUGCCUGCCGCCCUCCUCUCCAUCACCUACUAACACACAUUAUUUCUCGCCUCUUCCUCGAGUCUCGUCUUUGCCUCCUCCUUCUACUCCUCCUCCUUCAUCUCCCGCCGGUUUUCCCUCCUUCUCACAACAUUCGGCACCCACUAUUCACACACUCAUCCUCAUUGGCUCCCAAGGACAGAACAGCUUCUCGUCUGAACCGGCGAUGGUUUGAUCUUUUUGGCUAGACUUCUUGACACUGAGCUCAGCUGAGGAAGAGGACAAGGACAGAAAGAAGGCAUGGAGCACAGCCACAUCUUCCCUGUGUCCCACCACAAUGGAAGCACCGGGGGAUGCCCUCUCGGACCCCUGCCCGUUAUCUACUACAGCGUCCUGCUCUGUCUCGGCCUGCCUGCUAACAUCUUGACUGUGGUUAUCCUGUCCCAGCUGGUGCUGCGUCGUCAGAAGUCCUCCUACAACUAUCUCCUGGCUCUGGCCGCUGCUGACAUCCUUGUUCUGCUCCUCAUUGUGUUUGUUGAUUUCAUCCUGGAGGAUUUCAUCUUGGCUUCCUUCCUCCCCCCAUCCAUAAACAACGCAGUGCAGGUUCUGGAGUUCUCCUCUAUCCACACCUCUAUCUGGAUAACAGUGCCGCUCACCAUCGACCGCUACAUCGCUGUUUGCCACCCACUUCGCUACCACACGGUGUCCUACCCCGCUCGAACACGCAAAGUGAUAUUUGCGGUGUACGUCGGCUGUUUGCUAUCUGCGGCACCCUAUUACUGGUGGCCUGAGUUCUGGCACAGUCUACCUGGGGUAGGGAAAAGCGAUGAAGGAGGAGGUGGAGGAGAAAGCAGCAGAAGAACAGUGGCCGAGCAUGUCCUAGUUUGGGCUCACUGCGCCACCGUCUACCUCCUUCCCUGCACCGUCUUCUUCUCCCUCAAUACCGGCAUCGUGCGGAAGCUGAGAAAGCGCCGCAACUGCUUCAGGUUACGUGGCUAUUCCACCGGCAAGACCACAGCUAUUCUCCUCGCCAUCACCUCUGUUUUUGCCGUCCUGUGGGCUCCGCGUACCCUAUUGAUCCUCUACCACUUCUACUCUCCACCGCCCACCUCACAAACCGCCGGCCGCCUGCUCCACGUGCUCACCGACGUGGCAAACAUGCUUGCGUUGCUCAACACUGGUGUCAACUUCUUCCUGUACUGCUUCAUCAGCAAGCGUUUCCGGGCCAUGGCGACCAACAUGCUCCGAGCCCUCAUCCACUGCCGGAAGCAGCCAAAGCCAUUUUACGCCAGUCACAACUUCUCCAUCACAAGCAGCCCUUGGAUUUCACCAGCCAACUCUCACUGCAUCAAGAUGUUGGUGUACCAGUAUGACAAAAAUGGAAAGCCCAUCUGCAUCUCCUCUUGAGUCCACACUACCAGCACUGGUCCCUCAAAUCUUUCAGGCAAACUUUGGCCACAUAGGACUCAUUGAGGUCACACAAGUUUACCUGGUCAGCGAUAAUAAAAUAGAUGGCUUAAAAGGUGCAACAACACACAUCAGAAGCAUGGUGCAAAAUUUCAAAGCCUCUUGUGAUCAACAAGGUUAUCAUAAAGCAGCAAACAGCAUCAGUUAGAUGCUGUUUGGUCCCUUCAUGCAAAAAAACAUCUGCUGAGGAUUAAACUUUAGGACAGAUGAAAGCAUAUCACCACAACCCACCAGUGAAAAUGAGCCGCCAUUUGCAAAACAUAAAAUAACAAAACAAGAUGAUGAGCCCUUGAAUCAUCAGACAUGUUUUGGUCAUGGAUGUUCAUGGCAGAAAAUGAGGAAGAGCUUUUAACAGAUGAGUCUGUUAUCUGUUGGGGAAAUUGUUGCCGGUCUGACCCCUGCACAUCUCACCUGUAGGGGUGAUUCACUCAGGCAGAACCACGGACAGACUGCCCACUGCCCACAGUCGCGACCGUCUCUCUAGACAUGUAAAACAGCUUGUCAUUUCCAUUUUAAUAUGCAGAGGAGUCUCAAAUGCAUUUUAAAUAGGGCUCUUAUGAAAUGAACAAAACAUUCUGACUCUUCUCCUGACUGUGCUGUGCUCAUAGUUCGCCUAUAUUUCAACGCUCGCCUUAGGACUCAACCCUGACCAUCAUUGGAUGAAGGAGUUUCCAUUCUUCUGUUUGUUGGUGAAAUAUUUACUCAUGGUAGAGAUGACUGUUACUGUAGCUUUGCAAAAACACAAGAAAAGAAAUAAGACUUGGUGUCAGUGUAGCACUGAGGUUUUAUUAGACUAGUUAUCACCUUUUCCAUUAUUAGAAUGAGGAAAUUUCUGCAACUAGGAGAUAGUCCUCUAUUAACUAUUAAUGGUCCCUGAUGACUUGCUGUUAGCCAUCAUCUAGUUGCAUAUAAUGAAAGCAAAUGAAGAUGUCUUUAACCCUUUAUCUUUCCAGGAGACCAAAUUCAGAGAGAUGUAGAGAGGACUAGCUAUUUUGCUCUCCCUUCUUGUUGGUUUGUUUUCCCCAUCUAAAGCUUUCUGUCCCAUUAUGCCACACUGAAUUCGGUCUCAGGGCCAAAACGACACAUUACAGGUCGUGUCUUUCUCCUGCUUGCUCUACACAUUUUACAGCAAACCACAGUUACAUUAACUUUAUGCCAUUGUUGGGGUGUUGAAAGAACACAUUUAAAUAAAGACAUUCCCAUCUUUUUUUUGCUGUAUGGCCCAAAGACAGCACACUGAGAUCAGUGCACAUUCAUCCUUUAACCCUCCGUUGUACAUUAUUAGGCAUCAUCUAUCUAAUGGAGCUUUGCUGAAAGGCAGAGUUCCACUAAAACAUGUCUAAAGGGAUCAGACACAUUAAGCUUUUCAGCCUGCAGCAAAUUUGAGCAUAUUUAGGAGACAAAUAAACUCCUUUUUAGUGCUUCUAUGUCUGAGACACCUCAGGAAGCGUUGCUCCAUCUUUGUUUGUACUCUUUAAACAAGACCUUCUGAUGGGUUCCUACGAAUAGAUAUAAGAGUUAUCUAAAAAUGGAUGGAUGGAUGGAUGGAUGGAUGGAUGGAUGGAU